AUCUAACAUCAUUCAAAACAACUUCAAGAUCCGCCAAAGUAGCUUAACGGCCUGCAUAAACUUGGGCCGUCCAAAAUAGCAUUCGGCCUCAAAAAGCACCUUCAUCAUGGAUUCCAAACGCCGAUUUCUCAAGGGCCUGUGGAGAGGAACAGGGCAAAAACAAACCAAUGAUUCGAUUGGCAAUGGCGAGCCUGCUCCAAAGAUAGAAACCCCCAAACGAACCAUCGCUAGGUUGAUAUCCACAACCCUCGAUAGUACACCACAACCUUUGUAUCGGUUUUCUCCACGAUCCACAACGCCCACCCCAAUCAGCCAGACGCCGACCUCAAAAUCUGGAGAAACACUUUGGAGUCGGGCGUAUACGUCCUUAUUGAAGAAUAGUCCUGAUCUGAUGGAAACCUACGAAGCAUUACUUCUCGAUACUAUUCCUACUGCUUUAGACAAACACGAGCAAAUGGCGACCAUGGUUCAAAAGAAACAGGAAAUUCUGGAAUCAAAGCAAUGGACCAUCAAGAUCUCUGGAAAAUCGCUCAAAGUCAAGGAUCAGGUGAAAAGAAUUAUGGAGGCUUUUAAGAAGGUCAAAGAAUUCGGGGCAGCUCUUGCGAGUAUUGAUCCAAUACAUGCCGGUUUGCCUUGGGCUGGUGUAUCCUUUUUACUUAGUCUUGUUUCAAAUGAUUUCGAACAAAACGAAGCACUUCUCGAGGGAUUAGAAAAGCUAUCAGAUAUCAUAGCUCGAUACACCGAAGUAGAGAGUGUUUAUCUGAACACUGCCGUCGCAGGAGAUCUUGAUAUACAACUUGAGUUGAGGGUCAUCAAGCUGUAUACUUGUAUUCUCAAGUUUCAAGCGACAGCAGCAUGCUACCUUUCUUAUUCUACGCUUAAAAGGUUAAUGCGUAAUUUACCCAAGUUGGAUGAUUGGAGCAAACUUUUGACCGAAGUCACUUCCGAAGACGAAAAUUGCUACAGAUGGGUCAGUCUUCAGGAUUCGAGAGUAUUACGAAAGUUAUAUGAGCACAUAAAUCCUCUCGUCUCCAUUCAAUCCUUAAAAAUACUUCCCUCUUACUUCGAGGUUCCCACAGGUCGCAAGAUCCCUCAUUUCAUAGGCCGAGGAGAGGUGUUAGCAAGGAUUGACUCUGCGCAUUCGAGAAGCUCUUCUUCAAAGGCAGGGAUCGUGGUUUUGCGCGGCUUAGGAGGACAAGGUAAGACACAAAUCGCGCUUGAAUACUGCCAUAUAUCGAGAAACAAAUUCAAGGCCGUGUUCUGGGUCGAUGCGAGCUCUGAGAGUUCGGCUAUCCGGAGUUUUGAAACAAUCUGUGCUAAGAUCAGGGGGCCUGGAGAUGAUUAUGACAGUAGUGACACGAAAUUAGAAUUUGUCAAAACUACCAUUCGCAAGUGGGACUUCCGGUGGCUGAUCAUUUUUGACAAUUACGAUACGCCUGAUUCAUUUUCUCUUGAAGAUUACACACCCCAUAGUAUCCACGGAUCAGUUUUAGUUACUACAAGGCACAAGGAUGUUGACGCCUUAGUGGAAGACACCGCCGCAGCCAUUGAGUUGUUAGGUCUGCCCGACAAAGAAGCUCUGCAGCUCUUGUAUCGACAGAGCGGCACAGAAGAAAAUGAAGUCAACAAAAUGAAUGGACUGAAUAUUGUGAAGAGGCUUGGAUAUCAUGCGCUAGCUGUUGCUCAAGCUGCGACAUAUAUCAAAAAUUUGAAGCUUGAUUUUUCAGCCUUUGAAUCCCAUUACUCUCGACGCCGGGAAGCAAUUUUGAAGUACAAGAUCCCUAUGAACAAAUACACGAAGCUUUUGAGCGAAUUUGAAAAAGAAACGGCCUUCAAUGUAUUUACCACCUGGGAGCUGUCCUUUGACGAACUCAAAGCUCAACAUAAUUCGACAGACCUCGAGCAACUCCUGACAAUUCUUGCAUUCUUUGAUCCUCGUGAUAUCUCCGAGGAGCUUUUCUCUACAUAUUUGAGUCGUGGAUUUUGGUGGAGUUAUAAAUAUCCAGGUUUUGCCUUCUGCCAGAGAGAAGCGGGCGUGUGGGAUAGAGAUGCAUUUGCCGAUGCAUUGCAAAUUUUAGAAACGCUGUCUCUCAUACAAAGCUUUUAUGCUUCUACCGAUGGCGAAUACCAUGUAUCUCUUCAUCCUCUGGUCAAGGAUUGGAUUAGGCUUCGAACCAAAGAAGCACUCUGUGAGGAGUACACCGUCUUGGUAGCUGAAAUGAUUGCCGGUCAGGCAAAAGAAGAGCCCUGGGAUAUGGAUCUCAUUCAUCUCAAUGCACAUGAAGAGAACAUCGGAUAUAUUACUACACCAAAUGUCGUCGAAGAUUCCUAUGAUGAGUCCUCGAACAAGCGAUCUAUGUAUGAAGGUUUCUACUUGAGUGAAUAUUUAAUUUGCAGAGACCUUGGUUUGAUGAAUUAUUCUGAGAAAGCAAAAGCCAUAGGUGGACGCUUGUUUGAGCGACAAAAGAAAUUUCACUGGGAAGACACUUGGCAGAGUUCAUUCACUGUCAAGGAGAAAAUACAAGAUUUGUUGAGCGAAAUAGACAUGAAAGAAGAAGCAUUGUCAAUCUGUGAACAGCUUUACACACUACACUUGAGAAUUCAUGGAGAAGGAGAUAAGCGAACUGUUCAUAGUAUAGAGUUACUUAGUCGAAGACUCAAAGAAUUUGGCGAGCUUGAAAGAGCCUUGAGGCUACAGCGUAAAGUUCUUGAGUACAACAAAGAGAAUAGAAGCGAUGACGAUCCCAUACUCUUAAAAUCUAUGUCUGACCUGGCGAACAUACUCAUGGAACUCGGCAUCACUGAUGAAGCAGAACAGUUGUAUAGGAAGGUGAUUGACCUGCAGGUGAAACUCUCAGGAGAAGCCCAUGCUACGACUUUGGAAAGCAAGAUUAAGUUAGCAGAACUUCUGGAAAAAACGACCCAGACAGAAGAAGCAAAUAGGGUGUGCACAGAAAUCUUAAGCUUCAUGAAUAGCCGGGCCAUUCUCGACUGCUACGUCGUCAGUUUAUUGUUCAACCUGGAACCCAUACUUCAAAAUCUGCAUAGAUGUGAAGAUCGCCUGGCUUUAAGUCAUCAUGUAUUGAAGCUGGUAGAGCAAUCACCUGGACAAUAUUUUUCCGAUCUCCUUGGUGCAAUGUUUUUGGUUGCCAGGGCUUUUCAGGACUUGAUUAAAUUCGAUGAGGCUGAACAAGUUUUCAAAAAACUUUACCUCAUGUGUACAGAGAGUCUGAAGGGCGAUAAUAUUCUUUUACUUAAUGCACAGAUAAGUUAUGCCAAGAUGUUGAGGUGUCUUGGGAAAAGGGAGAAAGCAGAGGAACUGGCCAGAGAUGUACUGCAAAGGUUGAAAGAAUCGCAUGGCGAGGAAAGUAUAAAAUUUCGGAAGGCGAACAAGGCCCCGAGCUUGAGCUGGUUGCACCGAACUUGGAAAAGUUUACAAGACUUGGAUGCUUAUUAUGAGCAGGCUCUUGGGGGCCGUGAUGAUGUUACGGAUGAGGAGAGGUAUGCGGCGUGGAGAGCCUGGAAGGUGAAGGUUGGCGAAGAAGUGGUGAAUAGAUUGAGUAUGGAGAUUAAUAAGACUAAUAGUCGGCUCUCAUAAACGGCCGACUAGUUCCUAGUCGGGGAAAGCGAAUGUCCCCGGAAAGCGAAUGUCCCCGUGAGAUUUUGGGUACGAAAUACACCAAAAUCAUUCAAUUUUAUUAGAAAUCUAGUUUUAUUUUUAGUACACAACCUUCAAUUUUUGAAUAAUUUUUGAACUUUUUAUAUGAUUGUAUUCAAUAAGAUUAUAGC